CCACCCCUCUCUUUUCGCUUUAGGGAAUUUCAAGCAGUGUCAAGAAGAAUCUUCCGCCAUUCUAUAUUUACGAUUUUUACCGAAUUGUUAUACGUUUUAUCCGUUUUCUUGCAGCCCGUCCAAAAAAGCGAGGAAUAAUGACAACAGUGAAUCCUGUGGUGAUAGCAGCUACGGCCAGACAUACAGCGACACUUAUAUUUUUCCAUGGAUUGGGUGAUACAGGUCAUGGUUGGGCUAGCUCAAUGGGAGCAGUAAGAUCUCCUCACAUUAAAGUUAUUUGUCCAACUGCGCCUACAAUGCCAGUAACAUUAAAUGCAGGAUUUAGAAUGCCUUCUUGGUUUGAUUUACGAUCAUUGGAACCAAGUGGGCCUGAAGAUGAAGAAGGUAUUCGCAGAGCUGCAGAAAUGGUACAUUCUUUAAUUGCAGAAGAAGUUGCAGCAGGAAUACCCACAAAACGUAUUGUUCUUGGAGGUUUUAGUCAGGGUGGUGCUCUUGCUAUAUAUAGUGCUCUUACAUUUCCAGAACCUUUAGCUGGUGUUAUAGCUUUAUCAGCUUGGCUUCCUUUGCAUCAAAAAUUCCCUGCUGAUGCAAUAGGAAAUAAAAAUACUCCACUACUACAAUGUCAUGGUGAUUGUGAUCCAAUAGUGCCAUACAGAUGGGGUCAAUUGACUGCAUCAGUUCUCAAACAAUUUAUGACACAAACAGAAUUCAAAACAUAUAGAGAGAUGAUGCAUGCAUCUUGUGACGAGGAAAUGCGCGACAUGAAGAAAUUCAUUGAAAAAGUUUUGAAGCCGUAAUAGUUUAACUAAAUAUAUUAAUAUUUUAAACAUUAAACUUAUUACUUUACUGUUCUUUAUUAAAAAUUAAUUACUUCCAACUUUUUCACUGUUACUUAAUUCUAGCGCUUGGUGAAGGAGUAAAAACAGCAGUAGGUGGAGUGCUGUAGGUGGAAAUGUUUCUAAUCUUAAAAAAAGAAAGCAGGCAGAAAUAGCAAUGAAUUUAUCAUUUGUGUAAAUUAUAUCUGAAUGAACUACUUCUGUUUUAUGAUACCAAAGUUACUAUUGUAAUAUUCCCAGUUUCUAAUUUUACAAAACGAAUUAACAAUCACAAGAUUCUUAUAUCUAAUUCUAAAUGCUUUAAUAUAUAUAAAAGAUAAUAUUAAGGUGUAGCAAAUUGUUUUAAAUGCAUUUUUUUUAUAGAAUUGUAACUUUUAAUUUGCAUUGUGCACUUUGUAUAAUAUUAAAUAAUUUUUAAAUUCACUUUCUAUCUUUCUGAUAGCAAAAAUUCAAUAGUUAUUUCUGGAUAAAGCUUCCUCUUCUUAAUGGAUAUAAUAAUAUCCAAUAGUUUAAUUUUAUUGCUUUUACAUUUAAUUAAAACGUUUAAAAGCCUCAAGUUAUAGAAGCAUUUAAAUAUUCUUUAUAAAAUUAAAUAUAUAUACAUAUAUUUAUUUAUGUUUCAUGUAAGUUAUAUAUAAUGUACAAAUACACUGCUAUUUAUGAAAUAAUAAUUUUUGUAGAAAUAUCUAGGGACAGUAAUAUGGCCAUGUAAUCUGUGAUUACAAAAUAUAAUUUUGAAAUCAGUGAACUCUGUAAUUUUUAGCAUGUGUAAGUGCUAGUCGUGAAGAAAUAUAUAUGUCAAAUAUGAUAACAUUGUGAACAUGUGUAUAGUGCAAAAGUACUAUCUUUAUAGGUCUCAUAUUUUAGGUUUACCGAAAUGGUACUAUUAAGAAUGAAAAGAAUUGCGAUUAUAAUCAGUUACAAAACAAGUAUUUAACUGAAAAGCAAUACUAGCUGUGUAAUAAAAAGUAAGGAUCAUAAUUUGUAACAUUUACUUGUAUUAUUAAAACAGAACGGAUCAUACUUGUUAAA